UUUUUCUUCGUCUAACUUUUCUGUUUUUACCGAAGUUCUCAGCGUUGUCAACCAGCAAGGAAGGCCAAUAUUGUGGUGAGCCUCAACGUGGUCCCAUGUCUUGUUUUUGCUUUUUACAUCCCGCGAUCGUUUGCUAUAUUUGCGAGUACCACCCCGCAGUGGGGGGAGUGGAUUGGGUUGAAUAUAUUUUCUCACUGAUCUUUGACGGGGGUCCAUUAUGGCAUGGCAGCAAUAUUCCCCUUACUCAUGGACUCCUCUCACGGGAAAUGACGGCGACCUCGGCCUGAACCCACCUCGCUACGAAGACACUUCAUAUCACGGUUAUUUGGGAGUUGACUCCGGUACGUCAGAACAUGCCCGGGCUCUUUCAAGCAGCGAAGGUUACGAAUUGGACGAUCGGCGGUCAGCCAUCUCCUCGGCUCCUCUUUUGCAGCCCGACAAUUAUUCAACAUACAAAUCCUCGCUCAUAGAACCAGAAAUUCGGGAAUCGGUCGACUAUGGGCAGAAACGACGAUGGCGUCACCUAUCGGGUUGGAAGGUUGGAGUGAUGGUCUGCGCGGCAACUGCAGUCACCGUGUGCCUUUUGAACAUCGCAUUGACCGUGUGGGCUGUCAUAAAUCACCAAGUCAUUGAUGGUUUGUCGUAUCUGUAUACAGGAGACUGUCACGAGGUUGCAACAAUGAGUUUGUGGAUCCAUUUAGGAAUCAACGCGAUGAGCACCGUGUUACUCAGCGCCAGUAAUUAUACAAUGCAGGUCAUAAGCAGUCCUACUCGCAAGGAGGUAAACAAGGCACAUGCAAAGUUGAGAUGGCUUGACAUCGGAAUUCCAAGUACCCGCAACCUUCGCGCGAUCUCCUGGGCUAGAAUAACUAUGUGGGCAAUCCUUGCGUUAAGCUCAAUACCUUUACAUCUAAUGUACAAUACAGCAGUCUUUUCUACACUUUCCGCAAAUGGCUAUACUUAUAUUGUCGUUAACGAAGACUUCUUUGCUCCGUCCGCUAUAUACAACCCCUCAGGCUAUGGGGCUUCUCUCAGUGUCCUCAACACAAUGCACGAAUUAGGCGUACAGGGAAGCCUGGCCAACUACACGUCCACAAAAUGCAUGGACACUUAUGGUGUCAACUUUGUGAGCACAGCUCGUAAUGUCCUUCUGGUAACGAGGGAUACGGAAACAUCCAAUAACACAGUGUUCAACUCUUACUAUUGGAGAAGCUACGACCAAAUUCCUUACUGGUGGAUAUGUGGCGAUGCUUGGGACUCCGAUCCGUACGCACAAAAAACGGCAGUCUGUACCCCAUCGAUUGCCAAAGCCGAAGCGUCCAGUUGGACUGUCUACAAUCACCACAUCAGCUACUGCAUGGUUGAACUGGUUGAAGAGCAAUGCAGACUGAGUUUCAGCUUCGUUAUUAUGCUAGUGGUGAUUGGUGUCAACGCUUCAAAAGCGUGCAUAAUGAUUCUGACCGUUUGGAAACUGAAUGAGCCAACACUUGUCACAAUCGGUGAUGCAGUUGCAUCUUUUCUACGGGACCCAGAUCCCACCACUGAAGGUAUUUGCCUCAGCACCAAAAUGGAUAUACAGAAGAAAAGAUGGAAACUACAGGCUGCAAGUCCAUGGAUACCGAAGAAGCAGUUUUGGUUUCGGGCUGCCAGCAUCAAAAGAUGGCUAACAUGCAACUUGCUAUGUAUAGGAGUAAUCGGAUUCGGUGUCUAUCUCCUUUUCCAGGGGAUGUCAAAUAUCAACAUCUACGACAUCAAGACUCUCUGGGGUCUUGGCUUCGGUACUGUAAACACCAAUUCCGUCGUUGGCAUCGCUCCUACUGGUCUCAUUCCCACCACACUCUUCGCCAAUCUACCCCAAGGAAUCCUAUCUUUCCUUUACCUGACCUACAACGGUUUAUUCUCUUGCAUGCUAGGGGCCCAUGAAUGGAGUCGUUUCGCUCGUUUCCGCAAAUCACUGCGAGUUACUGCCCCUGAAGGAAGCCAGAGAUCUACAUACUAUCUCCAACUACCUUAUACGUAUGCAUUACCACUUCUCCUCAUGUCUGGCUGCCUUCACUGGCUAAUGUCUCAAUCCCUCUUCCUCGCUCUGGUAACCGUCUACGACGAAAACGGCGAACUUGAUGAAAGUAAUUCCAUCUCCACGGUCGGCUAUUCCUGCAUCGCUAUUUUCUGUGCUCUUAUUUUAGGCAGUUUAGCUGUGCUUGGCGGUAUCGCGAAUGGAUUCCGGAAGUAUGAUGAUGGGAUUCCUUUGGUGGGGAGUUGUAGUGCGGCGAUCAGUGCUGCUUGCCAUCGACCGAGUAGAGACUCGAUGGCGUAUUUGAAGCCGGUGAAAUGGGGUGUAGUGGAGGGGACUGAUGGGAGUAGUGGGGUAGGUCAUUGUUGUUUCAGUAGUUUUGAAGUUGAGAGACCUGUGAAUCGUUGUUUGUAUGCUGGGGAGAAAGGGAAGGCGGACUAGUAUGUAAUUGUAUCAUAAUUAAACGAACAGCAAAUAUGUAACACGG